GAUAUUUUAUACCACCACCCGUGUCAUCCUUAUCAAAAUCUCACGUCUCCCCCUCCUCAAACACCAUUGAAGCGUACUGAUUUAGGCUAUGAGUCCAAAACAUGGCCUACCGGCCAUUGUUAGAUCAAAGCGUUGCUUUCCAGCGGCAUGUUCAAGCUUCCUGCUUGCUUGUUUGCUUGCCUUUACACUUCAAAUCGUUUUCUUCUCACCCAUAUCCCCAGCUGGAUCGCUUGACUUGCCUGUUUCAUCUUCAGCUUCCUCCCUUCCCGCAAACAACAAAUUGCAGGGAGUUCUCAAACUUGGAGAAGGAUUUCUGAAGGAUCCAGAAGACGUUUGUGUGGAUAAAGAGGGUACAAUCUACGCUGCAACUAGAGAUGGUUGGAUUAAAAGAUUGCAUAGAAACGGGUCUUGGGAGAAUUGGAAGAUGAUGAACAGUCGUACUUUACUUGGAAUCACAAUAACAAAGGAAGGCGAUCUUAUUGUGUGCGAUUCUGAAAAGGGUCUGAUUAGGAUUGGUGAAGAUGGCGUCAAUGUUCUUGCAACACAUGUUAACGGUUCCAAAAUAAGGUUUAGGUGCCUUAAGUAUUGGCUGAAAGGAGAAGAUAAGGGAAAAACUGAAAUUUUUAUCGACAACCUUCCGGGUGGUCCUGAUAACAUCAAUCUUGCACCAGAUGGAUCUUUUUGGAUUGCUCUACUUCAGUUAACUUCUGAGGGGCUGGAGUUUGUGCACACUUCCAAGGCAUCCAAGCACUUGGUAGCAACGUUUCCAAAACUGAUUGAAAAGGUAAAUGGCGUUUACAGGAAAGCAACGGUUGUAAAUGUGGCAGCAGAUGGCAAGAUAAUCAGGAGAUUUGAUGACCCAAAUGGAAAGGUGAUAUCCUUUGUGACUGCAGCCAUGGAAUUUGAGGAUCAUUUGUAUUUGGGAAGUCUAAACUCCAACUUUGUUGGAAAACUACCGCUAAAAGAUUCAUGCAACUUAGGGUAGGUUUGGGGGGUGAGAUGAGAAUUUUGUGUUUUGUUUUGAAGUUUAAAAUAUUAUGUUUAAAUAUUAUUAUUGUUUUGGGAUUUGAAAAAUGUGUAUUGGGAUUUGAAAAAGUUGAAUUGUUUAUUAUAUUUUGUAUGAAAAUUUGAAAAAUGUGUAAUGAUGAUAUGAGAUGAGAUGAGAAUUUUGUAUUUUGUUUUGGUUACCAAA